AUGGAUUUCCUUCAUAGGAACGGAGUGCUCAUUAUUCAGCGUUUGCAGAAGGACUACCGAGCUUACUACAGUUUUCUAAAUUUUAUGUCCAAUGUUGGAGAUCCCCGGAAUAUCUUUUCUAUUUAUUUUCCACUUUGGUUUCAACUUAAUCAGGCAGUUGGAACCAAGAUGAUAUGGGUAGCAGUCGUUGGGGAUUGGUUCAAUCUUAUUUUUAAAUGGAUAUUAUUUGGUCAUCGGCCUUACUGGUGGGUCCAAGAAACUCAGAUUUACCCAAAUCACUCAAGUCCAUGCCUUGAACAGUUCCCCACUACGUGUGAAACAGGUCCAGGAAGUCCAUCUGGCCAUGCAAUGGGCUCAUCAUGUGUCUGGUAUGUCAUGGUGACAGCUGCCCUGGGCCACACCAUCAGUCGGAUGGAUAAGUCAUUCACCACUCUGCACAGACUCACCUGGUCAUUUCUUUGGAGUCUUUUUUGGUUGAUUCAAAUCAGUGUCUGCAUCUCCAGAGUAUUCAUAGCAACACAUUUUCCUCAUCAAGUUAUUCUUGGAGUAAUUGGUGGCAUGCUUGUGGCAGAGGCCUUUGAACACACUCCAAGGAUCCAAACGGCCAGCCUGAGCACAUACUUGAAGACCAACCUCUUCCUCUUCCUGUUUGCACUUGGCUUUUACCUGCUUCUCAGACUGCUUGACAUUGACCUGCUGUGGUCUGUGCCCAUAGCCAAGAAGUGGUGUGCCAACCCUGACUGGAUCCACAUUGACACCACGCCUUUUGCUGGACUCGUGAGAAACCUUGGGGUCCUCUUUGGCUUGGGCUUUGCAAUCAACUCGGAGAUGUUCCUUAGGAGCUGCAGAGGGGAAAACGGCUAUAGGCUGAGCUUCCGGCUGCUCUGCACCCUGGCCUCGUUGACCACAUUGCAGCUCUACCAUUUCGUCAAGAUCCCGACUCACACGGAGUAUUUAUUUUACAUGCUGUCUUUCUGUAAAAGUGCGUCCAUCCCACUGACUGUGGUUGCCCUGAUUCCCUACUGUAUUCAUAUGUUAAUGAAACCAAGUGAAAAAAAGAUUAAUUAGAGUUGUGCGGAGGGUUAGUGCCGUGUGGCCCCAGGGUGACCCUCCUCCUCCAUCCUCCAGUGAGACCAUAGGGCAGGGAGAGACUGGAAGCUUCCAUUCGGAGGUCACAAAAUGGCGGCCAUAGGACCCAAUCCA